AUGCUAAAGGCAAGAGGUUAUAAAAGCUCAAUUAAUUACAUUGAAUUCGGGGGGCGAAAUUUGUUUUUUCUCAGAGACAGCUGGCUGGAUAAUCCAUCGAAGCGAGCAUAUGAAAGUUAUAGUAUCGAUCGCCUUGCCCGCCCCUGGGAUGCCCCUGAGAAAGGAACAUGGGAGCCCAACCUAUCGCGUUCCACCAGCCAGCUGGCAAGGGAUGAUCUGGAGGAUGAACUAGCGUUCUCAGUUCAGUCAAUGCACAAAACAAGUCCUUUUGGCAAGAAUGGUGAGGAUUAUGACAACCGCAUCCUUCGCUGGCUGGCCCGAUCUACCAGUGCAAGUCUCCCUUGGAGCUGCUCAUGA